AUAAAUCGAUUUUAAGGAAGAUUCCCGGAUGGUCCCUGGUCUGCUGAUGGGAUUUAGCAGCGUUUGGUGUGAUACAUCAAAAAGUUUCAAGAUUUCCUGCGCAACAAGCAAUUAAAUGAAUCCGCUCACCGGUCAUAGCAAUUCUGCAUAAUUCGUCCACACUCACUCCAUCAACCAUGACCGAGGCGCCGCCUGAAUACUCGCAGUUGCGAUACUUCUUCUAUUUGGAAUCACCAUCAUCCUCCGCCGCCUCGUCCUACCGACAGCACUAUGAGCCGGACAAAAUGCUUCAAUCCUGGGACCUGUCGGCACCGGUACCGAUGUCGGAAAAUAUGCUAUCAAAUGCCGAGCAGACGCAACUGCUACUGUACGACAUCCUAAUCCCGUUGCUGGGUUCGUUGAUAAUCGUGCUGAACGUGGCAGUCGUUACGUCCAGUUUGUUGCUGCUGCGAAAAGGUCAACAGCCAUACACCACAUACUUGUUUCUGGGCAAUGUAGGCGCAUCGGAUCUACUGACGGGAUUCGCGGUCCUCUACGGCCAGUACGCACCGAGGGAAAUCCGUGGCGAGGACAACUGCGCCAUUCUGAUAGGAUUAAUUGUAUCCACCACCAUUGUAUCGGUGUACAGCAUAGGACUGAUCGCAAUCGACCGCUACCUGUACAUCGUCUAUGGCCUUCAAUACCAGCGCUACAUCACACCCAGCCGGGCGAAGCUUUCAAUCGCUGCAACCUGGAUGAUUGGUCUCGUCAUCGGCUUUCUGCCCGCGUUCGGUUGGCGUGGCGAUACCGACGGUGGACGAGUCUGCUGGUUCGUUCGUCUGGCCCCACCGGCACUCAUUAUACUGACCACCGUGGUGGGAAUAAUCCCUCUGAUUGUGGUCAUUGUCCUGUACAGCAUCAUCCUGCACAAAGCCAUCCGACGAGUGGCACAGCUGAAAAAAGCGAGCCGUGAGCAACAGGGUGCCUUGGCUGGAAAUUUACGAUUGUUCCGCGGUGGAGCAGCUGCUACUGCUACUGCUACUGCCACUGAACAACCACUGGCGGAAGAGCAGGGCAAACCAACGAAAUGCUUCCGGUGCUGCAAAAAACGCUCGUCCAGAACGAUUGACAGCCAGGUCAGCGGGAAGCAUCCGACCAAGUGGAAGGCCAUCAAGGUGGUCAUGCUCACAACGGGGUGCUUCGUCGUGACGUGGCUGCCAUAUUUCAUCGCUAGUACCAUGUACGUUUUCUGUGACCCGCAAAGGAACCAGGACCUAUGUCGUGGUCUGCAGUUUGCCAUCGCAAGCCCUCUGGCCAUUCUCGGAUUCACCAACAGCCUGCUAAAUCCCCUUAUCUACGCCUGGUGGCACAAAGGCUUCCGAAAAUCGAUGAAGAAGCUAUGGAGAAAAAAGUGCUCCUGUUGCUGCCAGCGAGACGACGAUAUAUCAUCCGCACAAGAUCGGGCACAAGAAGUGUCGGCCAGAACGACAUCCACCAGCAGCAACAAUGCCACAGCCACCGUUGUCGUCUUUGGCGGAAACGAUGCUAGUCAACAGUCUCGAAGCUCAGAUGCUACAACAUCAACAACCACUAACUCCUCCUGCACUGCUAGCCCGCAGUACCGUAACUCAAAAAGUAACGGCAUCAGAUCGAAGCCCACGUACCGCAGCGACGCCAGUGACCUGGAAAAUCGAAUAUCUGACACGGACAUCGAUCGUCGGCACCAGCAGACUCGACUUUAAAGAGCAAAACAGAAAGCACCAGGAGUGGCUCUCUCGUUCCAAAAGAUUACCUCCAUAAAACGUUGCGUGUUAGAAUGUAAUUGUAAGACUGUGCGAGUGUGUUUGCUUGCCUUUAUAAUAUGGGCUUACGUCAGAAUAACGAAGCGACUCAAAGCAAAGUCAACAAUAACAAUAAAUUGUUUGUAAACUCA